AACGCUUUACUGCUGUAGCUACGGAAGAUGCUUCUGUUUACAUACCUGCAUUAGGACUCGUUAGCUUAGCAUAGAAUGCACACUUUGUGUUUAUCGAAUAAACAGUGCAUGUUUUUAAAUCGUAAACCGAUUUUCUGUGAUAGGAAUAUUAACUUUUACCUCAGGUUUAGGUUUAAAUUGGCAUGUUCUGUCAGUAUUAUCUGAAUAAGCGGAACUUUUGCUGUGAAUUCCGUUUGUUGUGGAUUAGAGGUGCUAUGCUAAGAUAACCGGCUAAUCUCACCUGCGCUUCCUGUCAACGCACUACUGAAAACCACUGUGAAACAAGCAUGGGGGCGGUGUCCGUCCCAGGCGUAUAUUUCAUUCUCACGCUGUUCCUGAGCAGUUUUUUUGGCAGCGUGUUUAUGUUGAGUCCCGUGCUGCCCAUCAUGCUGCUGUCUCCUGCCUGGUAUCGCUGGCUCACAGACCGCAUUGUAGCCACCUGGUUCACUCUGCCCGUGGCUCUUUUGGAGCUGGUUUUCGGGGUGAAGGUGAUCAUCACAGGUGAUGGGUUCAUACCCGGUGAGCGCAGCGUGAUCAUCAUGAACCAUCGCACACGUUUGGACUGGAUGUUCCUUUGGUGCUGCCUGCUGAGACACAGCUACCUUCGGCUGGAGAAGGUCUGCCUCAAAGCCGCUCUCAAAGCCGUGCCUGGUUUUGGCUGGGCGAUGCAGGUGGCCUCGUUCAUCUUCAUCCAGAGGAAGUGGGCGGAAGAUCAGACUCACAUGGCUAACAUGUUAGAGUAUUUCUGCGAGAUCAGGCAACCACUACAACUGCUGCUUUUUCCUGAGGGCACUGACCUUACUGAUAAUACUCGUGCCAGGAGCGAUGAGUUUGCAGAGAAGAAUGGCCUCCAGAAGUUUGAAUAUGUCCUCCAUCCACGCACCACUGGCUUCACUUUCAUCGUGGAAACACUUCUUAAAGGUGACAAUCUAGAUGCUCUGCACGACAUCACCGUGGCCUACCUGUACACCGUCCCUCAGACGGAGCGCCACCUACUGGCGGGCACCUUCCCACAACAGAUCCACUUCCACGUCCGCCGCUACCCAGUUUCCUCACUACCUCAAGACAGCGCUGCUCUCCAGGCCUGGUGCCAGGAGCGCUGGGUGGAGAAAGAGCGACGACUGCGCUCUUUUCACACCUCUCAACGCUUCGACAAGGAGGAAGCCCGAGUGCCACCCUGCAAGAGCGAGCUGAGGGUGACGCUCAUCAAAGCCAUAUCGCUGUGCUACUGGAACGCCUUUAUCGUUCUGUCCUUUCUGGCCAUCUGGCUCUACACGCCGGUGCUGGUUUACUUUUUGUUGGCGGUGGUUUUCUUCGUGGCGCAGCAGAAGCUCACCGGUGGGGUCGAGUUGAUGGAGAUGGCGUGUCAUCGGCGCCAGAAGAGUGAGAAGAAAGAAUGAAUGCUUGGCGGACCCUGUCGGAGCAGGUAGUAGCACCCCGUGAUUGGUGGACCUGAUAUGUUGUGUGGGAUGAAUGCACAGCCCUGCUUACUGUUGCAUUCUGGGAGAGAAGCUGCCUGACGGACAUACUGAGUUUACCAAUUGAAUUUAGCGUUUUAUAAUUGAAGGAGUGUGUGCUGCUUUACCUGUGGAAACAAUCUUCCUCCAUCGUUCCUCAUCUUUCCUGCUGCUGUGUUGCUUUCAUUUUUUCAUUUUAUCUGUAUGUUUUCUCUAUAUGUUUUACAGUGCUUGUAAGGAACUCUGGUGGCACUAAGGACAUGGGUUCGAUUUCUGGGUUUUUAUUCUUUCUCCUCAUUUUCUUUCAGUUUCUACAUUUCCAUGUAAAGGUGGGUUAUGUAGGCUAUUCAAAAUUCUCACUAUCACUAGGCGUAAUUAAUAUCGUGACGAUAUAAACCAUGACUACGAAUUUUGCAGUACACUGGGAUCCUGUAUGUAUGAAAUUUUUAUUUUAUAAUUUUAUUAUUUUAUUUUAGAAAUGGAAAACAUGCAGUCUCAGUACUAUAUACUAUAUAUAUACUGAUCAUCCAUAACAUUAAA